AUGAAAUGGACUGCUCGUCUACUUCUUGGUAUUGCCGGUUGUGGUGGUACUGGUGUGGAUCCCUGUCGAUUGCAUUGUGAAGCACGACUAGCAGGAGAUUUACUCCGGUCCAUCGCUGGGAAGGGGAUGAAGGAGGCAGAUGAGUUGCUCUCGAUUGAGAAUGGCUCUGCUGACUUCAACAUCAUUUCCUCGUGUUUUACGACUCUUGAGGAGUAUUCUGCCCAACGAUGUGAACACUGGUGUUAUGGUGGUUCUAGUUUGGUGUGCUUUGUAGAUGCUUCCCCAGUUGGUUACGGGUGGUGUAUCAAGGUUGUGAAUGGUACGGUCCCUAUAUCUGAUAUUAUUCCGGAACUCUCUAAGCCAAAUACAGAGGUGUGGGAUUUGGCAGAGCAGGCUGGCAUAUGGCUGAGUACUAAAGCACAACGGAGCUGGCAUAUCAACAGGAAGGAGCUUGCUGCUAUUGGGAAGCUCAUGCUGUAUUUGCAUGGGAUGUUGUGUAGCCAUAGGACGAUUGGGCCCCCGAUUUCAUCAAUCUUCGUAUAUGCGGAUUCUCAGACAGCUCUACGGUGGAUGGAAAAUCGUGUUGGUGCUAAGUCUAUUGAGAAGGUUGCUGUACAAAGGUUAGUAUGUUGUAUAAAUGAGUUGGUUUCGGAUAUUCGAGCCAGUGGUAUAACUGUUACCUAUGGUAAAGUUGAGGGUGCUCUGAACCCUGCUGAUCGCCUCAGUAGACUGGUUGAGAAGUGGGGUCUUACUGCUUCUUUGGGUCUUGAUGAUGUGGAGCCAGAGAGUCUCCUUUUACAAGCUGUAUUGGACACGGACGAAACCAGUGAUGGUGAUUUGGGGUCCUCUUUGAAGUUUCCUUUGAUACACCAAGAAGAUUACUUGAGUGUUUUGAGUGGGCAAGAAGAUCCUCGACAGCGACUUCGUAGCUUGCAACGAGAAUCUCUGGUGUUGAAGACCUAUUGUGAAUGGUUAGAAGCAGAGGCGGCGAAUGAUGUCGAGAAGUACUCUAAUAAGGAUAGAGUACUCUUGAGUGAAGCUACUCGGAAUCUUCGUUUGUUGUCUGACGGGAUCCUUUGUCGACUACAUUAUCCUUACGGUGAUACAUUGCGAGAGCCUAUCGAAGUUUAUGUUAUCCCAGUGGACACUGAUCGAGGUCUUCAAGAGGCAAAGCGUAUCACUCGUGCCUUUCACGAAAGGUAUAGUCAUUUGUGCCCAAGGUAUACCAAGCAGCGUAUCACGAAGGUAUUUUCGAUUAAGGGCUUGAAUAAGUUGGUUUCCUGGUGUUGUAAGACAUGUCCGCUUUGUCAACGGUCUGCUACUAGGCGUUUUGUCAAAGGUGAUGAUUAUGCACGUUUAGACCCUGUUGCUCUUCGUGUAUUUGCUGUGGUGAGCGUUGACGUUUGUGGACCGUUUGAAGUCUCCCAAUCAAGUGGAAACAGCUAUGUUCUCGUCUGUGUGGAUUCAUAUUCCCGUUUUGCUCUUGCUCGUGGGAUGCCUGACCAGACGAGCCGCUCGGUUACCUUCACCAUUCUGGGUAUUAUGAUGGAGUAUGGCCUAAUUGCUAAGCUAAGAUGUGAUCAGGGUCCGGCUUUCCGAGCCGCUUUCUUCAAGAAGGAGAUGCGUAAGGUUGGUACUGUGGUUGUCUAUAGCUCUAGGUUUUCUCCUUGGGCUAAUGGUCUAGCGGAGAAAUCUGUUGGCGGUAUUAAGAAGGUUAGUCGAUUGGUUGCUCGAUCUUGCGAAGGUUCUAAGUCAUGGGAACGCUUUAUCGGCUUGGCUAUACGAAGGCUAAAUUCGAGACCUUUAACGGUGUUAGGUCUCCCUAGUCUUACUCCAUUUGAUAUUAUGUUCGGACGCCGAGCUCUGGAAGAAGAGGAGAUGUCGUUGUUAUCCUCUAAAAGAUUGGAGUCCGACGAAGAGACUGUAAACCAAGAGGGUGCCGAACAGCUUGAUAAGGCCAGAGAAGCUGUUCGGGAGCAGGUUCGACAUAGCCUCUUCGAUCGUGAUGUGACCGUCAGGCGCCGAUUGCCGAAGCUCAAGCCUGGUGAUAGGGUUCUAAUCUUUCGCCCUUCUAUGAAGCCUGGCAGAGCAGGUGCUGCUGGGUCUUACAGUGAUAAAGUUUAUGUAGUUAUGAGGGUUCUCGAUUACGUUUUGUAUCUUCGUCCAGAAGACUGUCAAUCUGAUCCUCAGACUGAAGUUCGAGAACAUAUCCGUAAUGUUCGUUUGUAUUACCGUUAA